UGCCCGCACGGGGGGGGCGGUGCCGCCGCAACCGCCGCGCCAGCCCCGAGAGCAGCGGCCACUGCCCACAGCGCCGGACGCAGCCCGGGCGAGAGCCCCCGAGACCUGCCGCCCCUCCACAGCCGGCGCACAAUGGCUGACAAAUCAACCAAGCCAGCAAAACGCUUAUCCACCGAUUCAACCAACUCCCAUGAGGGAGCUACGGCAGGAGAAAUAAGUGCUCUGGAAGAGGCCUUCAGAAAAUUUGCUGUCCAUGGUGAUACGAGAGCCACAGGAAAAGAAAUGCACGGGAAGAACUGGUCAAAGCUGUGUAAAGACUGUCAUGUGAUAGAUGGGAAGAACGUAACAACCACAGAUGUUGACAUCGUCUUCAGUAAAAUCAAGGGAAAGUCCCUCAGAACAAUUACUUUUGAUCAGUUUAAGGAAGCUCUUCAAGAACUCGCCAAGAAGCGAUUUAAAGGCAAGAGUGAAGAGGAGGCACUUCAAGAAAUGUAUAAACUAAUUGAAGGAAAAGGCCCAGUUAUAUCUGGAGUAACGAAAACCGUUUCAUCUCCAACUGUAUCACGCCUUACAGAUACUUCAAAAUUCACGGGUUCUCACAAAGAGAGAUUUGAUGCCAGUGGGAAAGGAAAAGGCAGAGCUGGCCGAGAAGAUCUGGUGGAUAACUCAGGAUAUGUAUCUGGUUAUAAGCAUGCAGGCACAUACGAUCAUAAAGUACAAGGAAACAACUCCAGAGUAGAGUUUAAAUGAAAGACAAUAAUGUAUCAGAAAAUUUUCCAACACCAUCUUGAGAGUAAAAAUCAAAUUUAAAAUACAAAAUUGUAUGUAAUUAACUUGUAUCUUAAUUAGAAUCAUAAAAUAACUCAGUCUGUAAGAGACCUCUGCAUGCCCUCAAUUGUCCAAACUUCUAUUCAAAUGGCCUCUAACUUCAAUGUCCCACAAAGCUGCUGCACAGUGUUCUGUGCAGUCAUAUUUCAAAAGUCAUCCCUAGGUACUUGACCAGUGGAAAAACUUAGUCUCUUACAUAUAGCUGGAAUUGUCUUUGUUGCCAUGGAAAUGCUAGCUGCCUGUUGUCAUUUUACUGUGUAUAUUUGUAAAAAUCUGGCUUCAUCUUCUUCAUACGCCCCCAUGUGGAAGACAGCAAUUAGAUUUUCCUCCUGCUCCCCUUCACCCAACUUUUCUCCAGGCUACACAAAACCACAUCUCUCAGUCUAUUCCUUGUAUAUUAUAUGUUCCAGCCCAUACCAUCUUAGAGGAUCUUCUCUGGACUCUUCAGUUUUAUGACCUCCCUUUUACUGGGGAAUCUGAAGUGGAACACAGUGCUGCCUCCUAAGUGUUGAGUAGAAGGGAUAUAAUUUCUUCUCUCAAUCUGCUCUUGUUAAUGAAGCCCAACAUGUAUUGCAGUCAUGUUCCUCUCAUUAUCCAGGAAAAGCCCAAAUUUUCUGCAGAGCUGGUACCUAACUAGUCAGAUCCUGUACCUCCUCUAGGGGUUUAUUCUACCCAAGGUACUGGACUUUGCAUUUGUCUUUGCUGAACUCAGUGAUAUCUGCCAACUCCUCAAGCUUGGUAAGGUUCCUUUCUAGCAGCAAGCCAAGUGCAGUUUGUUCUUUGCUAUACUUUUGUAAAUACCAAACUCCUUGUAAUCUAGCAAUUAUCUUUUUGCUUUGGGAUGGAAAAAGGAAAAGUAACAUAAAUUUACACAGAAUACAUUUAUUCAGAAUAACUUGCUCCACUGACUCAUCUCUUUCAAGAUAUCUUCAGGAUAACUGAAGGUGAAAGCCCUAAACAUAAGCUGAUGGGUCUCCUUUAUAUGCCUAAGUUUUAACAUGCUGAGGAAUUUAUGUAAAUUCAGUAAAUGACAGUGGUUUUUUUCUUGUUCUACAAUUUCCUGGCUGCAUGUCCAGAAAAACAAAUUCUUAAGAGGAGCAAGAAUAGAGAUACUAGAGUCUAUGGAUUCUGCACAUGAGCAAGUUCUACAUGAUACAUGCUGAAGAGUCAUUUCAGCUGAAUAGAAACUAGAUAGCACAACAUCUUGUUGGAAGGCUUUACGUUGCUUAACUUUCUAUAUGCUCCCCAUAGCUUUACAGAAAGGAGUCUGAUGAAAGUAUUUCAGGCAGUGAUAGGUCUGGUAGAAAGAUGCAAAGUUUUUAUUUUACAUAGCAGUAAAUCAUUGUGAGAGAGCUUUAAAAGUGUGGGACUAAAAACCUACUAAGGUAACCAUCUCCACAAUUAAAAUCAGGUGGCUAAAAUAAGUCUACUAAUUUAGACUAAUUAGUGGCAGGAUAGUCCCCCUGAGUGAGAACAGCUCAGAAAGAUACAAUCUGCUAGGUAAGAAGGAGACAACAGACCACUGCUAAAAUGGAAAACACUGGGCAAGCUAACAAAUAUAUUAUGCUGUGUUUAUGUGAGCAUGCAUA